AUGACUCGCGUUCCUGGCAAAGAGCUAGGCCAGGUUUAUGAGACAUUGAGUAUCGAGGAUAGGACGUCGAUUUUGCAAGAGCUUAAGAGCUAUUUAGAGGUGAUGCGCGGGUGGUCGAAUCCAUGGGGAGGGAACAGAAUUUGUUCUCUUCUAGGAACUGCUAUUAGGAGCGUUCGCGUUCCUAACCACCUAAUCGGCCCAUUCGAAUCCGAGGAGGAAUUCAACCAAUACCUUAUAGAGCCUUCUUGGUCGGGUGGUUUUAAAUCCGAUUUGGCAUACAACCAAGCUCUCGACGUCGCUAGAGGUAUAGAGAAGAUUCCACACCGCAUUCUUUUUACCCACGGCGAUAUUAAACACCACAAUAUUAUGGUAAGUGGGGGUCGGAUUACAGGCUUCCUUGACUGGGAAUCGGCAGGCUGGUAUCCUGAAUAUUGGGACUUCACGACAGCAUUGAGGUUCGCUCGGGAGGACUUUUGGUGGUAUAACUUCGCUAUCGACCUAGGCGGCGGCGAGUAUUUGGCGGAACUAAAGUGUGAACGCGCAUUGACCCCCUUGACAAUGCGACCAGCCAGGCAGUGUGCAAACAUGACGCAAUUAAUCGAGCUCCCCCCAGAGCUGCUGGUGCUUGUCAUGUCUCUUGCGGACACGAAGUCACUCAAAUCUCUGAGUCUCACCAACCGCCAGCUAUCCUCCUAUGCUAGUAGAGGCUUAUUCCGAAUCGUCCAUCUUUACAACGACGAAGAAAGGUGCGAGACUUUCAAGUCCAUCAUAACCCACUCGACCUUCAAACGCAGAGUGCAGAAAAUUCAUCUUAACACUGUCGAAUAUGACUAUGGAUCAGAUGAUGAAGGUGAAGAGGAGCCGCCAGAAAAUUGGCGGAAGCUCCUGACCAAGCUCAAAACCCUUCCAAAUCUUCAAAGUGUUGUUCUGCGCUUCGACAAGAACUGCGCUGUGGAUCCCGAUUAUGCCGAUAAACCUCAGACAGAACUGUAUCGGGCAACGGUUUUGCGGUGGUUGUUUGCAGGGCUGGCAUCUAUGGAACAACCCCUGAAAGAAUUUGCUAUUCAAAACCUCCAGAAUAUUUCACCUCGGAACAAAGACAUUAUUGCUCAAAUAAAACGGCUUCUUCAAGGACUUGAAUCUUUGCGAUUGAAUGUUGUGCACGAACUUGAUUCUGCCGCUCCUGAAUCUGAGCUUGAGAGACCCGCGCCACAUAAGUUCUUCACGCAAAUACUCCCAUCAAUAUGGCUCAAACCCACAAUGGGAUCCCUUCAGAACCUCUCAUUGUACUCGUCAUUCUACUGGGGAUUUUAUCCUAGAGCCAAUCUAGACGGAGUCCACUUCCCCCACCUGAAAUCAUUGACUUUAGGUCGGUUCUCAUUUGUUGAUGAUAAGCAGCUGGAUUGGAUACUAGCACACUCAUCAACUUUACAAGAGCUCUACCUGGAUAACUGCGCAAUUCUGGUAGGCGUGGCAAUAGACGACUCUCAAUUAGAAGUUUCAAAAUGUCAGAUACCAGAGUCCGACAUGGAACUCAAAGAAGAGGAUGAAUUCCACCAUGUCUAUCCUCGCCGGUGGCAUGAUUACUUUUCUUCCAUUCAAGAAGGCCUUCCAAAUCUACGUGAAUUCGGCUUUGGCGUCAGUGCAUCAUGGGAUGAAGAUGUGUUGCCCUUUGAGACGGAAAAGAAGAUUGUACCGGCGUUGAUGCGAGCCCGGUAUAUGGCGUUUGAGGGUAGUUUAGGACCCAGUCCAUUCGUUGGUCGGAACUCCUAUCUCGACAUGAAUCCUGAGAGCGAAUGGCCGGAUUGUGAUGAGGAAGAUAGACGGGCGUUGAAGGAAUUGUAUCUGAGUAUUGGGAAGAAAGCGGACUAUGGGAGGAUCGCGGCAACCCCUCAGCGAACAGUGGAAGAUUUGGUGCAAGUUGGGAGCGAUCCUUGGGGUGAUGAUUGGAGGCAGUUACAGGGAAGGGAAGUAUACAUCUAUGGAUGCUAUCAGAGACCAGAACACUGCAAUGACCUGGAGAAAAUCAUAUCUUACGGGAGAUCCAGCAAAGCAAUGCAAGGUUUUCAUUAA